UAUGUUUAGACAACCAUAUUAAUGUCCUCCUAGAAUCUACCAAUAACCAACUUUGGGAUUCAAACAGCCAUACUACUAACAUCAACUGCAAUUAUCCUACCCAUAAACCUUUUAUUAAACUUAUAACGGAUUCUAAAUACCUGUAGCACCUAAAUAACCUUAAACAAUUAUUGCUAGUUAGACAUUUCAAUCACCUUAAAAAAAUUUUUAAAGCCCUUCUAGAGGAUUUACUUCUCCUUCCAGAAAUAAUUUAAUGUCAUCAUAAUAAAAAUCUCAAUCAUAAUAAAACCCUCUCUUUUAAUCACCAUCUAGAACAGUCUUUUAUACAUAUGAUUAAGUAAUGGAAAGAAUAAAAAAUGCUAAUUAAUAAUACUAAUAGAAGCAGAAUUAAUAAUGCAUACCUUAAUCUAAAUAAUAACUAGAGAAUGAAUAUGGUAUUAAAAAUAAUAUUUUUAUAGCGGAAUCUAAUCAAUAAAAGCAAGCAGCAAAUAAAUAAUUUAUAACUAAUUAAGGUUUAUUUGACAAUAAAAAAAAUGUAGAAAAAUAAAUAAAAAAAAUAGAGCCAAAAAAAACAACAGAAAGUAAAAUAUAACGAAAUGAAAGAGAGGAGCAUGUAGAAGCAUUAGAAGGUAUUGUUUUACAACUAUUAGAAUUGGCAUUAUAAUAUGAAGAUGGUUAUAUUUAUAGAGGCCAAGGGUAUCCUCCAUAAACUCGAUAAGGAUUUGGCAUGCUUUCAGAUAAUGAAGGUAGAGAGGUUUAUGCUGGCUACUGGAAAUAGAAUUAUUAUGAAGGAUAAGGCAGAUUGUAGAAUUUAUAAAUUGAAGAAAUUGAUGGUGCUUUUGAUUGCAAUAAUAUGACAACUAUUGGAAAUGGCUGGUCAUACUAUGAGGGUAAGAAGUAAAUUUCAUAAAUUUUAGGUUAAUUUGUAGGCGGUAAAAUGUAAGGUCAAGGGAUGCUCAUCUUAUCCAAUGGUGAAAAAUAUAUAGGAGAAUUUGAUGAUGGCAUGAUUCAUGGAGAUGGUGAAUUUACGACACUACAAAAUGAAGUUAUAAAAGGUAAUUGGGAUCAAGGAUAUUUGGUUCAAAUGAAAGAAGAAUGAUU